AUGCUGAACGUCGCAAGCUUUUUGGUGUUGUCAGUUCCCGUCACAUGCAGCGCAAAGAGCCCCUCAGCAGUGGUUCUUGGCCAAUCCUCCACUCUGGCGCUCUGUGUGGGACGUGCGCUGACGGAUGACUUCCACGGUGAAAAACCUUCCAUGUCCAACCCUCGCACGCUGGUGAUAUUGGGUGUGUUGCUGGUGCCUUGUGCUUUGAUAGUGCAACAUGUAGCAACUACCUUCAUGAAGCAGAAUGCAGAGAUGCAAAUUCACGCAAGAGAUCUCGGCACUCAGUCAAGUGCUGUUUCCUCCCUCUUGGGCCUCACUUGUGACGCUGUGGUGGAGCUGGAUUCGGAGCUGAAGUUCGUCUCGGAGAGCGUUCAGCUGGCGACGAUGCUGCUACAUCGCCCGGGUGCUAGUAUGCAAGGAAUGAAGCUGACAGACUUCAUCGCUGCACCUGAUGUAGCAAGGGCCGAAGAGGUCUUGUCUCAGCAUCCGAGUGACGACGUCACAGCACAUGCCUUCCACACUCACUUGGUCGACAGUUGUUCCAGCAAGUUCCGAACUGAAAUCUUUCAAGCGACGGGACUGAAGUCGACGAAGUGGGAGGUGGGACGAAGUGGGACCCGGAAUGUCCGGACAUGGAGGGACGAUUUUGUAAGCAGGUGGUUGGAUCCAGAGUUCAUUGGCAAAGUGAGGUAUACCACCAUGAACGGAACACCACAUCAUCUGCUGGGCCUCCGGGAAUUCACGGACCUGAAGCCCUUGGCGCGGGCAGACGACCCGAACCCCGCCGGCAGUCCCGACUGGCAUGACGCCGGGGUGACCGGAGAGCCGACCGUUGGGAACGAGAUUGUAUUGGACUGCAGUUACAAGAGCCUGGAUUCUGUCAGCUUUCCACUGAUCCACUCGGAAUCCGAGGAGGAAACUCCAGUGACAGAGCAAGUGAGCAGUGGAGUCGUGGAAAAGCGUUUGGAGAUCACCAAAAAGGAUUCCUUCUUCAAUGUUGAUAUGAAAGAGCAAGUGGUUUGCGCGGCCUCCGCGCCCUUCUGUAGCCUAGUUGGCUUGAAGCUACACGCCAUCUUGGGUUCAAGCUUUGCAUCACGCAUGUUUCAGAAGUUAUGUGAAGAUGCACGAAGAUUUGCCAAGAGCCAAUCUGCUGGCGAAGAUGACCAAGUGCUGCCGGAUCAAGUGGCCAUGUUUCGGCGAAUGCCCUUGUUGUUGGGCGCACAGCUGGUGGAGAUCAGUGGUGUCAUGAAAGUGAUGCUCAGCCAAUCAGGCGACCUCCAAGUCAUCGUGUCCUUUGCUCGGGUGGAAAGCUAUCGACCUUCGCUUGGCACCGGUGUGGCGCCGGAGGACUUUGUGGACUGGCCCUCCUUGAAGCAGAAGGCUUGGGACUUUGUGGACCGUCCCUAUGAGGGCCCCAAGUCCUUGGAGACGAUCUGCCCUGCCUGGUGGAAUGCCACCGGUUGCGAGUGUGACUGUGCCAACUGCAGCAUCCUCUUCGAGCAGUGCCCGGUGGGCUUCAUGCUCUUCAGGUCCUUGUCCCUGCUUUGUGGCACCAAGGAUAGCCAUGUGCGCUUGCAUGAGUUGGUGGUCAACAAGUGGGGCCGUGGCUUAUUGGACUUGACCAAGCUGCGUUUGGGCUUCGCCGACAUCAUCGAGUCUGGCUGGCCCGUCUUCGGUGUAUUGGCUCGCAUUGGGGACCAGCUCAGGCUGGAUGGCCUGGUGGAGGAGAUCGCUGCGCGCUUGGGCAACGGCGUGGCCGCGCGCCAGCGCGAGCUGCGAGAUCGUGCAAGCUCGAGCUUUUCUCACGCCGAGGCCUCAGGCCCCAGCAUGUGUGAGCAACGGGGAUGGCCAGAGGACAAGAGCUACAAAGAGGAGGUGAACAAGGCCGUGGCAGAGGAUCGCCCGGUGACCUUGCAAGCGAGUGUUGAUGCUUCCUCAAAGGAGGGUGCUUGCCCCUUGCAGUUGGGGAUGCCCAAAAAAGAAGACCCAGAGUCGAUUAGACCCAGAGUCGAUGUCAAGAGUUGUCAUGGAUUUGUGACGGACAUGCACAGCUAG